AUGGGUGUUGAUCCAGCUUUACUCGAUAACAUCGAUCAAUUUGUUAAAGAUGAAGGACGAAUUGUGACGUAUAAAUGGUUAAGUCAGCAAUUGUCGCUAGAUUGUCGUAAAGCCAAAGAGAUUUUACGUCAAUAUGUUGAAAAGGAAAGAUCAUCCCAAGAUAAUCAUAUCCAUGUCAUUUAUUUUAUUACUGGAGAAUUAAAAGAUAAUAAAGGCUAUAAAGUUAUUUUAGUAACUGAAAAUAAAUUAGAAGAGUGUAAAGGUUCUUUCGCUUCCAUAAAUUCAACUGAGAUUUACAGUGUUCAAAAUUCCGUUUUAAAAGAUAUUGAAACUUUAUACCUAGCUGACUAUGAAGCAUUUAAAGACAGUAGCAACGAUAUUUUAAUGUGCAAUUCCAAUAUUAUAUGUGAACAAGUAAAAUUUCGUAAAAUUGACAAGAAACCAUCUGUCGUCUCCACUGAUAGAACAACAACUGUUUCUCCUAAAAAGCCUAGUCAAACCUCUUUGAGCAACAAUAAGUCAAGUCAUAAAACUGGUAGCGAUAAGAAAACUUUAGCGGGCUUUUGGUCUGAUGCAGCUAAAGCUAACACAGAAAAUAAAAGCGUCAAGAAAGAAAUUAAUGAUGAUAAUAAGCCGAAUGUAGAUAGUCUUCCAGGAGUCCCCAAAGAAAAAGCUGAUGAAAAAGUAGUUAAAAAGGGGAGUAAGAAACUUGAUGAUGUAAUAACAAAAACUGAACACCCUGCAAGUAAUUCAGAGAUUAAAUCGGAGAUCAAGGAAAGAAAUAAAAAGCACGAGAGUAAAAAGUCUAAAGGCCGUGACGAAAAACAGCAACUUAAGAUUAAACACCCUGUAGCAUCCCGUCAACGUUCACCUCAAAAGUCGCCCCAAAAGUCCCCUUUAAAGCAAUCUCAAGAAUCACCUCAAAAAAGAAAAUUGAUAGUGGAAGAGGCUGAUGCACUUCAAGAGGAAGAAGAAAAGAAAGUCAACUCAGAUAAAGAUCAGGAAGACGUCACUGAAAAAGUAUGGGAAAGCCAAUCAGAAUCAGAUGAUGAGCCAGAAAGUAAAACAACUGAACGAAAAGAAACAAACACUGUCAAACCACUCCCUGCUGCUCGUCAAACCACCAAGAAAUCUAACAAAUCAAGCAAGCAGUCAUCCUUGACGAGCUUCUUUAAGAAAAUGUAA